AUGAGUCCACCCGGCAUCCCCUCGGAUUUGACGCAUCAGCCACCCGCGGGUAGUGCUAGUCCUGGGGCACCAGGAACGCCAAACCCUGCGUCACAAUCAGCAGCUGUGAGCGUUGGGGUCCCAACUGCCCAAACUAUGUGGUACUACUUGGACUCCGAAGGUCAACCCCAAGGCCCAUUUGACGAUGCUACUAUGACGAAUUGGUUUAUAGCUGGCCACCUUCCGAUUACUCUCAAAGUGCGUCGUCAGUGCGACGGAGUCUUUUCUCCUCUGUGUAAGUGUUUUAGACUUUUUUUGCGAAUGCGAGUUUACCAUCACCAUAAUCAUAGCAGCAUCAGCAGGUACCAAUGCUACUGUCCAGCUGCAUUAGAUGAAGCUGGGUUAGUCUGGAGCUUAAAAUCGGUGUCUAAAGUUCCGACUGCUCGACCGUCCCUAUUAACGAUGUCCAUCGUGCGCUCCACAACGGGGUGAGAGCAAGGACGGUGACUUGCGCGUGGUCUCUUUUGUUGUGAUAGUAGACUUGCAAAGCACCUGCCGCACUCUCCUCCCCCUUCAUGGGCCCGCUGCCAAGAAAGAUUAAAGAAAACCGGAGACGGGAAAGGGCGCAGGUGGCUGGCACAGUGAAAACCCGCAUCUAGGCGUACAACCACACCCUCUGGUCCACAAUAUACACUGACGAUUUUAUUCAAAAUGAAAAUGGGGCGGGUCAUGGUCUUGUUCCAUCAAAGCCGAGGAGCGGCGCGUUCCUCUUCUUUAUGGGACCAUAGACCGCCUUGAGUGAUUCGAAGAAGUUCUUUGUACCACUGCCUCAACACUUCCCUCUGCCUUUCAAGUCAUCCAGGUGUCUUGUAUCCCCCGCAGUCGUUUCUGCGCGAGGCGACGAUAGCGGAAGAAGGCCGCGUUGCUUUCGUCGGUCUGAUGAUCGUUGUGGGCCAUGUGCAGCCUGUGCCUUUCGACGGGCAGGUUGCUGAUGCCUGCGUUGUUGUCGAACCAGUCAUAGUUUCGGCGAUGUUCGCGUCCGAGGACGUCCAAGGCAGUGGAUUGGAUGACGUUCAGCAGUUGGCACCACCGAGUCUCUACGGUGGUGCUGUCGUCCGGCGCCGUCGGUUCUUUCAGAUGCUGGGCUAUUUGAUUGCAGAAAUGUAAGUGGUGGGCAGACAAAGUCGGCAAAACAGUAUUUAACUUACCUGAUGGUCGCUUACUUUGGGGUCUCCUGCGAGGUUGCAGAUGGAGCCACAUCUUGGAGAUGAGGCAAUGAUCCGUCCAUUUAUCGGCGUCGCAAAUAGCCUUGAUCACGAGCAUGUUCCGUCGAUCUUGCCCCCGGACGAGAACGUACUUCAGCAGCUGCCAUCGUCGCGACCGGGGAUGCAUCCUGGUGGCCUUCUUCCGCAUUGGAAGGCGGAAUGUGUUGGUCAGGAGGAGGCGGUGUUCUGCGCUGAUUCGCAGGAGAGGGAGGCCGUUUUCGUUACGGCUGCGAAAUCCAUGGGUACUCGUCCCUCCCUCAAAACGGCGUAGUCUGCCCCGACUCCGACAUUGAAGUCACCAAGGACAAUCAGCUUGUUCGCCCUCGGCACAGUCGUCAGGAUGCCGUGAGAGUCCUCAUGAACUUGGUCCUCGCCUCGUCGGACCUGGUCGUUGGGGGGAGGGGGGAGGCGUAGACGCCGACGAUGGUGGCAAGUUAGGCUCCCCGAAGAGGCAGGCACAGGUUCCUGAGGCGAUAGUUAAUGCCCUGUGGUUGGCAGAUCAAUCGUCCCGCGAUGUCGUUCCUGGUGGCGCGCCAGUUCUCGAUCGAAUAACGUCCUCCAUUUCGGCUGGUUGCUCCCCGGAUUUUCUAAAAGGGAACGAAACUUUCAGGCUGCCAGAGUGAGGAGACUUACCCCAGCGGCCUGUGGGAUGGGUCAGAGGGCAGGGGGACGAGGAUGGUUGUUGUUGGGCCGCAGGUUUUGCAUCUACGAGCCACGGUGUACUAGCAGAUGGCUUGAUUCCCCAGCAUUUGUUUAAGGAAUCUUUCUUAGCUCCUUCCCCACGAGCGGGUAAACAGUCCUAUCCUUAAAUAGGGCUACUUGGACAUACCAGACGGUCGCCGAACUCUGCUAUGGGUCACGGUAUUGUUUAGUGGGAGAGCGACCUGAGUUAGCCUGGGCGACCUACGGGAUUGCAUAUCGCCCUCUCCAUAGGACCUUUGAUGUGGAAGGUGGGAGGGAAGAGAAGAUUUGGAUGGGGACAGAAUUACCGGGUCUGGGGAUAUACCCAGCAUCGGAUACUCUCAUCUGAUUUAGUCCGCCUGCCGAGGGGGUUAUCGCAGUGUGAACAUUAUGCAGAGCCUAGCUACGGAGAACCAGAGAUGAAAGCUGGGUGCCAGUUAAGGACCGUGAGGAGCAGUCACCAUUUUCAUGGUGCGACGUACCACUCAUUCACUGCUGACCCCCAUUGUUUACACAAUAAACAGUUAAUAACGGGCAUGCUAACUUACGACUGACAGGCCACCUUAAGAAUGUCUCUGUCUACUCACCAACAUCAAUUACUGACCGGCGCGUUAUGAAAACCUACUAAAACUGCUGGCACUGGUUAAAAGACUCACUCACAGUCAUCCGCCGAUUGCUGAUACGACCUGGAGUGUCCAGACUAGGACCGCUAACUCUUUAGACAAUGUCCUUUUUAACCGCCUUGAGUUUGAUUCUCAGUGGUAAAAGAACGCGCAGCCUUGUCCGUGUCCUCAUUAGCACAUACUUGAAAAUUUGCCUGUCGCUUGCGCCCAAAAUCUCUCCUGUAAGGUGUUUAAAUGUCAUGAAGCUAUGCCAAUCCAGCGCAGUGGAAGCUCAAACGCAGAAAUCUGGCAUUGCUUUACAGUUCAAACUAAAGGAGACAGUGGUAACUGAUCACCAUUGAAGUUUUCUGUCCGUUGUCUCGCAGAGAGAACUUUCGGAUUUACCUACAACUGUUAGGUCAGGCAACUCAGGCCAAGCCCUAAACAUAGUCUUCUGUCGCCACCUCCAGAAAAAGAGAAAUUUCGUCUAGAAAUAAGUGUAUCCUUUCACCGGUCUAUGCAGUGUCGUGUGAUCACAUUCACACGAAGAAGCCAAUAAAAUACUGAGGCAGUGUAACAAAAAGAAACCCAGAAAGGGUGAUAAAAACGCAAAAGUCCACAGGUCUUACGUCGACACUCUGACGCCCCGACCGCAUGUGUUGAUCGAGCAAGCGUGAGGAAAUAGGCCUGUUCCUGAUGACUGCGGAUCGGCCACCCUUCUGCCUGUCUGCAAGAAGGGAAAUAAGAUGCUCGUCUCAUUACCACUUGCUACGGCGGUUUCGGAGCGUGCGGAACUCUGGGAAGGGACCCAACCGGGCCGGGUUUCGAGUCGCAAGUGGGUUUAUCGACCAAAUGCUCAGUGACGCGCAUUCUUUAAUUCUGUCAUGGACACGAACAUCCGACGGCCGUCUACCGGCCUGACUUUACUGCGGCUUUCGAUUCUCUUCAUCGUGAGUCUCUGUGCCAGAGAAUUGAGCUAGACGGUAUGCUGACAAAGCUCAUCGAUAUGACCGAGGCCUGCUAUUGCUGCACCACUAACGGUCUCUCCCAACCGUUGAAUAUUUUGUCUGGCCUUCAGCAUGUAUUCUAUUGCUCAUUCCAUUUAACUACGCCAUUGGCUGGAUUUUCGGAAGGGACCUAGGCGGUCAUGCUGGUAUUGAAUUUGCACCGGGGGCCAGCUAACUGACCUGAUGUGCACCAGCUGUAUCGCCAUGUAAACGUCGAACUUUGAUGACUUAUUGAUCAUGAUGUCCGGAUGAAUGAACUCGCUAAAUCGGUAGGUUUGUCCAUAAACGCUGGGAAGACCAAUGUUCUCCGAUCUGAAGGCGCGCGCUCCCAUGGGAUUAAUGACCUGUCAGCUCGCGGAAGUUUAGUUUCAAAUACCUCAGUGUGGGUGCUGUCAAGUGAACAGCGUAAGGACGACAUUGCUUCUCAGAUCAAUGCUGCUCUAGGAACUUUCGCAGUCCUUAGAAAGUGUACACGCACCCAGCGCCAUAUUUGUACCAUCGCAAGGGUUCGCGUGUACCGGUGAUCUAUACCGUCAGUCCUACAGUGCACUUGUGAAUGCUGGACUGUGCGCUUGGAAGACGAGCGAAAACUGUAGAGAUUUGAUAAGCGUUGUCUAAGAAUCAUCCUUCGUAUGAAGUACGCCGAAAUCGCUUAUAGAGGGGCCAUUCGCACUCGAUGCGACAACACCGCAAGCAUACCUCCUGUUAUCCAGAAAAAAAUGAAUGAGGUGGUUUGGGUCAUGUUCUUAGUCGUGUACGCAUUGAGUUUGACGCUGAUAGCCACCCGGAAGGCGACCAGGAGGAGACAAGCUCCAAACCUUACAUAACGCAGUCCGUCAAGGCAUGGAAAUGGUCCAUGUACCUUUGGUAUUUAGUCUACAUCGCUGAAUGAGAGGAGGUUGAGUUCUCGAAAUUCGCUGCCGCAGAUCGCUACUUGUGGAGGAGUACAAUUCGCGGCAUUGGGUCGACAAGAUCACGCACUACCUCUACCGUACUUAUUACCAAUAGUACGAAAUGAGUACAAGUUAUAAUAAUUAUUCAUAUAUUUGGGUAUCACGUCCACUAUUGUUCUGAGGCUAGUACUUGGCGCAAAAUCACGCGAUUGGUGGUUCAGCCUCGUCUGAAAGCACAUGUUUCCUUACUAUGUGAGUUUUAACACCUCUAAAUCGUCUGUAGCUAGAGGUCUGACGCUAUUUCUCGUUUGAAAACCAACGUCCGGGUAUUGCCAUUUUUCGGGCUAACAUGCCUGCGCCGUAAGCAUUUCCCGGUUCUCUUUGAGACAUAGUAUUUUGUCAGCAACCCAUGUGAACUCUAAUUCCAUUCUGUGAAUUUCGCCUCUGUCGUAGCCUCAUUUCACAUAAAAAGUUCCGAACACCUCAUUUUGUAGCGGAGUUUCUCGCUCGGCUCGGUCGAUUCCCCUUCGUGGAUUCUCACAAGCUUCCACCCAUUCUCGAGCCAAACGCUCCCCUUCCUCAGUUCCCGCCGGCCAUGGUUAGCCUGCACUCGCCACCACCACCACCACUACCACCACAGCAACAACCCUUAUCACCACCCCCGCCGCUGCCCGCUGUUACCCCUGACGCGCCCGCUCUCUGUCCGGAACCCCAGCCUGCUAUUCCCGCCUCCUUCCAAGAAGUGCCACCGGAGUUGCAGCCUAAGGUGCGUAUUCCUCACUGACAUUCAACUGCCGUCAAUUUUACGCCACAUUGAACGUCAUUCUAUCCGUGCGUUUUGUGUUCCGGCUUGUCGGGCCAAAUGCUGGCAUUGGCGCCCACUGUCCCCCAGGACUUUUAAAUUAAAUUUGCCCUUUUUAUUAUAUUUCUAUCUGAGCACAUUUAAUAUUCUCCGGGGUCUGCGGAUUUCCUUUAUAACAUUUUUCGAUUCCACAUCCAGCCCUCAUUUUUCCCCAUGCAGCGCCAUACUGCUCUCACUUGAGCUUUCUAUUGGAGUUUCGGUCAACAAUUUAGGUGCAGCUGUUUCACUUAAGAGUACACCAGCUUUUUUAGAGGUCAAAGGACCUCGGAAGUUUUCCACCAGCCUUUUACGUGUGUGAUUGACUUUAUCUACAGAAGAGUGAUGGCCUGCUUGUGGUCUUCCUCCUGUGCGGUACGUUGCACUCCUUAGCUCAUUUACUCUAUCUCAUGCAGGGAUCCACGAGCGCAAGACACUGUUUGUUAAAGUUUGUAGCGUUUAGUGCACAAAAUAUGAUGGCUUGCGCCGCAACUUUCCCGGGUGGACCGGAGAUUUUCGCGCGUGUUUGCGAACUGUACGUAAGAUGCAUUUUGAUGUCAUGUGCCAUCUUUGGGCAAAUGUUAGCAGCCCAACAAAAGCAAUCGCCUAGGAAUCUAAGACCUGGCACCUCCGAUAGUAAACUUGAUUCCUAUUUUAACCAUAUUGGUUUGUCAAUUUUUUUCACGGUUUUUCACGGUAGUGCAUCAGAAAACCGUGUUGUCAUGUUCCUUAAGGCUCAGCUUAAAGUCAUACUCCGGUCUAAUAUGUAAAAAAGUCAAGAUGGUCUUAUUCUUGUGGUCUUUUCCCGUGCAUUAAAAGGUCGAUUAGGGAACUUUCCGUAUAUGCGGUAAACCCUCGUAGGUCUGUGGGGUGUGUACGCAAGGAGGUUUUCUUGUGGUUUGGUCAUCAAUGUCGAAAAUAAACUUAUUUCUUGAGAAGUGAACAAUCUGUGCUUAAGAUUGGACGCUCCAUAUGACGAAUUUUUUUGCCCGCAUUGCAGCCCAGAUGUUUUUUUGAAGAAUUACUUCCUCCGAAGUUGUCACCGGUACUCAUUUAACCGGAAUCUACCAUCGCACGCAUCGUACAUGAGGGUUUCUCAAUUUUCUGUCUGAUGCUAGGAUUUAUUCAGUCAUCGUCGGGCCGUAUUUCCAUCCUCGAUCCUCGGACACCAUUAGGCACAUUAUCCUUUCCAAGUCACUUGUGAACGCAUUCACCACUCUUGUUCUCGUCUCCGUAGCUAAGGUGGCCUUGGUACUCUUCACGAGAUUCGAGCCAACGACGUCUCUGGUGAUUUCGCGUUGUUGUCGGGGUUGCUGCCUUUGUUUGUCUUUUCGCUCAAAUAUGCUCCCGACCCUCGAUGGGGUUCCACAUUCGAUGAAGUCAGCACUGAUUUACUGUCCGGCUUUCUGGACAGUUUUUCAUGCCUUCGCGCCCAACCCCCACUAAUUAAUGCGUAAUCUUUACCGUUAGAAGUUUUACCCCUUCUUAGAUUGUUGGGCAUACUCUACGCUUUUGUAACAGACGCUAUCGAAUGUAGCUGGUUUUGGAAGUUUAAAUUGUGCUCUCUUGUGUAUUGCCGUCAUUUAGAAUCACAGACUACAUCCAAAGCACUUAAGUGUACUAUGGAUUCAGAUUCACAGUCCUGCGCAUCAUAAUCUUUCGGAGUUCUCUUGUUAUCUUAAAUAUCGUUUCUGCUCAAACAUUGAAUGGUCAUUUAAUUUGAAUCCGGUUUCUCUUUUGACCCAUUUAUAUCACAGAGUCCAGAGGCUUUCGACCGCCCAGUCUUAACUUUUGGAGACUUGAGUUUUAUGACCGAGGCAACGUUGAGUGAGGUGAAACGCCUUCAGGAAAACGCCAAGAUCUUGACUGAUCGGACCUCAGCAUUGGGUUCCGAUAACUCAAAUCUCGCGAAGCACUUGGAAUCCUUGACCUUGAACGCAUCAGAAGUUGUUCCCGAAUCGCCCAUUGUCAUGAAGAGUACGGAGGAAUCGCCUCUUUCAGUGGAGCCAUCUUCGGAGCUUGAUCAGGGAAUGAAAAUGGUAAGCGAAAAAGGUUCAUCUUUCUCAUACCAAGACGUGUUCUAGACAAAGGAACCCUGUCAGUCGAUCAUGGAGGCUGAUCCACAUGCCAAACAACAAGUGCACUUAACGGUUUCCAGUGAGGUUCUACUGGCCGAAAAUGCGGCCCCGAUCUCGGAGGCUCCUAACCAGCCCCUUGACAGCAGUGCAGAUCCGGUCGUCGUAAAGAAGAGCAAGAAAAGUCGAAAGAAAACCAAACAAAGCGAUAUCUCCUCAGAACAGACAACGGAUGUCUUACUAGCGGAGCUUAGUAAAACGAAUACAUCACCUGAACCCCCUCCGUUCGUCCCUACAGCAGACGAAAUCCCCCCUGAAGCUGACUGGGAUACGAACAGCGAUGCUGUAGACACAUCAACGCGACCUACAGCCGUCGAGCAGGAGUCUAGUUCGACCAAAAAGCCGAAGAAAAAGAGGAAGUCCAGGUAAGACUGCUCUUUUUCGAUCCAGGGAUCUUUGCACGCACUAUCUGGAGGCUCUGUAUCGUGUCAACCAUUGCGCCUGAUCUCACCCUGGCCAUUCUAACUCGAUUUCACCACCAGGUCACACUUUCAGCAGACCUCUCCUUACUAUGACAAAUCUGACAUGACUUUAAACCGUCAUGACGCGUUAAAAGCCAUGACUUGGGAGACCACCAACCGACAAAGUGAACUUGUCCUCAUCCGGAUUGAGGGUCACCCUGCACUGGUUCUUAUAUAACCCUUUUGCCAACCCCCACAGGUACGAAAUCCGGAUUCAGGCAGUCAAUUUCAUGUAGGUUAAGGGACCAGCACCUGUGUGGCAUGCGACAGUUCGACCGUCGUUGCCGCUGAUGUCAACCGCGUGCUCCACAUCAGGUGGGAGCAGCGACGGUGACUUGUACGUAAACUAGUUUAUAGUGAUUGACCUUCACAGUAUCUACCGCAAUCUCUCCUCCUUCCCCACCUGGACCCGGUGUCAGGAUAAAGUCAAGACGACCUAGGUCAGGAGAGGGCGCAGGUGGAUGGCACGGUCUAGCCCACACCUUGGCGUCCCACUCCACACCCCUUGGUCCACACAGCAAAUAACCAGGUUUCUGACCAACAACAAUGGGGGCGGGCGACAGGGGUCCUAGUGUGCGCGACGUCUGUCGGCAACCGGGUCUGCUACCGCGCUCCGAAAUGUUGGCGUUGGUUAUGGUGCGCAAAUUCGAUAAUGCCUGUCAGUGUCCGAUGUGGUCCCCGUGUUGGUCUAGUGCGUCUACCACGCGGCCCGUUUGAGGUGGGGGGACACGUGCGGCACGCACAGAUGGGGUGAAUGCCCGCUCAGUCAAUCGAUGGGUGUGAAGAGUAAGCGCAGUAGGUGUUACGACGUUCACCUUUAGCGUACCUCGAAUGUCGCACACGUCAACGCCGUCACCCUAGACGUUGGUGGUUCUCAUGGAUGCCGAAUCACGAGCCGUCAAACUUUGUAAACCUGCGGUUUAAUGAUAAUUCAAGUUUAAUUGCUGGCUUCAGGCCCUGUUGGGACUACUUCUGUUUUAUCCAUUAUUCCGUAAUGAAGCAUGCAGUGAACACCUUUGGAGAGCCUCCUGGGCCAAUGUAUUUCAGAAACUUGCUUCAAAAAUAUUUUAGGAAAAAACACCAAGCUGUUUUUUUUUAUCCAAUCCAUGUUUUGAGCGUUCACAUUGUGACAAUAUGUGUUUAUAUAGCCCCACAUAAUGGGCACAAUACUGUUGGGGUAAUUAUUUCUCAACCACCAAAUGUACAACCGCGCAUUCCCAAUAGCUUUUCAUCUGCAUCCAACUACUUAACCUCGUCGCCUGUGCGUUCCCCGGUCUCACCUGUAAAAACCCUAUUCCCACCGGUCCCGUAUUACAGGUGGCCGGGGUUUGUUUACUUCAGGUGGGGAUAAAUAACCACAUCUGACCUAAAUUUUCAAGUUUCCGCUCGUUAUCUGUUUUCUUUCUUGCCCCCCCAGCUUACCCAUCACGGGCAUACUCUCAGCUGCUCCUGCGGGAAAAAGCAGUCUUUGGACAGUCACCUGUCAUACCCCAACAACCGUUGCGGCCUACGUGGGUAUAAAUAAGACGAGGAGUGAGAGGUAGUUGCAAACCUGAGUUCACUAGCUGGGAGUUUUAUAACGAAAUAAUCGAAACGCACUGGGGAUUUCGAACACGAAGUUUCUCGCAGCUUUUCCGACAGCGAAGUAACUGUUUCACCGUACUCUUCCUAAAGUCGCUUCGGUCUGUGUUCUUUUAAGGCCCCACCCAACUUUUUUCAUAAAGCCAGACUUCUUCGUACAUACAAGACCGGCUGGUGGUAGCGAUGGAGAAACGUUUAAUAUUAUACGGGCCUACUUUACAUCCUUCUUUCGGAGCGACUCCAUCGCACGUCUACAUGUGCUUUCCGCUCUUUCUCUGUCAAGGCCUACAGCGGAGGAGUUGCGCCAGAAGGCGUGGGCGCAAGAGGAGGAGCGCCGCAGACAAGCAGCCUCAGAGCGACUGGCAGCUCGGGAUGCUGAGGCGGCUCGGUUGGCCGAAGAGAGACGUAUGGCCGAGCUGGCGUACGAGGCCGAGGCGAGAAAGAAGGAACAGGCUGCUCGCCAAGCUGCGCUUAAGGCCCAAAAAAAGCGUGAGGCUGAGUACACUGCUGCGAUGUCCUCGAUGGCGGGGUUCAGCUUGCCUGCGGCAGCCAGGUGGGGCAGUGCAGCCGGCAAGCCAGUGUCUAAUGCACCUCAGCCUACUCCGAUGACUACCAUUUUAGCUGAACAAACUGCAGAGGUCAGUGGACUGACUGAUGCCCUUUUUACUUCACUUCGUCCUUAUUCACUAUAGUCUCGUCUCUGUUGCCUCCCCAUUCCAGGUCCUUAAAGCCAAUAAAGGACAAGCGGGGGGAGGUACUUUUGCCCAGAAGGUGGCCGCGUCUCCGCAUGAUGCCAGUACAGCAAAAGGUCAAUCGGCCAAUAAUAAGAAGAAGACCAAAACCAGUGCGCUGAGUGUCACGUCCAACCCCUCUGUCGCCAGUAGCAAGAGUAUGGCCGUUACUUCUCAGUCUAAGACAAAUCCUCGGACCGACUGCCAAAGCUCGCAAAAACCUCUGCCCCAGGUGCGUUGCUAGGUCUCGCCUUCCCAUAAAUUCUCUGACCUGGAAAUAUCGCCUUUCCAUCCGCUAUUACGUAAUAUCGGGUCGCACUAUUUUUGCAUUUCCAAACUUCGGUAAACCUUGUGUGAGUAUUUUUUUGGCAAGUGCUUCUCGCGUCCGUAUAUCCCUUUUUUCUCCGUGUUUUGUUACUUCCUCAGAGACAUUUUAGCGCCCUCUUCAGAUAGACUAAGGACCUUUUUGGUUCAAAUUGCCCUUUCAGAUCCCUAACCUAGCCAGAAAGGAGAUAUCAUUUCCACCACAUAAUGAGGAGUGUAGUAUUGGAUAUAUCCAUCGGAAGUUUACUCAUUUUUAACCCAAGUGGACGAUGGUCUCAGAUGCACUUUGCCAGCUAAAGUGCUUGGGACGUUAUACUGUCCCCCGGGUUCUUGCUAUGCCGCCUAUCCCUUAUCAAUAGCCACCAACUGCAAGCUACCACCUUCCGUUCCGAUUUUCGGAAAUAGAGAACUGUAAUUGCUCAGUUUUUGCUUACAACAGUCAGGUCAAUCGGUGCUGAGGUCAUUUCGUCAUCAGAUCCAUAAGUCAAGAGCCGUUUCUUCUAGUUCUCCUAAGUUAUGUUAGCCGCAACCGACAUGUCGCCAUCAGCAAGAUCUAGAGGCUCGAAGUCAAGCCUCACGAGGACAUGGCGUGUGUCUGAUCGCAUUUUUCUAUGCGAACGUGCUACUUUCACACUACUACCCUACCGUUGUAAAAGAACACAAAUAGUGUGGCCUUGAGGCGAUACUUAAAAGACUAGCAGUUUGCGUUGAAAGUAUCAGUAUGACACCAAUGAUUGUGUUACUUUUAUUUGUUUGAAGGUGGUACAGGGGCCCUCAUCCCAUCAGCUACCCAUUUACCUUCUGUUAUAGCGCAAAUGCAACAUAAUUUGAACCGGAUUCGUGGUUGCAGAGAUGGUAGACAAUGUCAGGUAAUGAUAAUACAAUUACUUAGGGCAGGCGGGACGGCCUUCACAUCGUUAGAAACUGUGCCCGCGUCUCCAGAAGUGCGUGCACCAGAGCAGAUCAUUUUUUGUCAAGUUAAAUGAUGUAUAAUCGUCGUAUUCAGAUCCGGCUUGGUUUUGUGGACUCGGGCGAGAUUUUUUCCUCGGGGUUCACAUGGUAUAUCCAUGAUUGCGAAGCAUAAUCCAAGAAACACAGUUAAAACGAGGUCACGAGCUCCAAUCAGUCUUGAAGAGGAGCUCUUGAUCGACAGGACCACUGUAUCAUGUGACACCGUAUUUAAUUCGCCGUCCCAAUACUACUUUUAUUUUUACGCCUUAUAUCAGCAGCGAAACUGCCGGACCAAUAACGGAGCUCUCCUGAUGGCAUAGCCGUUGCAUCGCCGUAGACUUCCAGUUUAAUGGACACUCGAGCCCUUAUCGUAGUCGACCUAGUAUAUGUGUUUAUGUGGAGUGGCGGACUGGUGGUCGGCUGUAAUAUCUCCUUCAUAAUAUGGCCUCUGUGGCACUCUCACUCUGUAUGAUUCGAGCCGGGUAUGGCGGUAGGCCUAGAGGCGGCCUCGGCCGCGCCAGCCGUCGCCUUUGUUUUUGUUGGAGUCCACAUCCUGGUCAGCGUGUACUGUGAAACCGGGUUGUUGCUGCAGGUCAGUUCGCAGGUCCUCCUCGCGUCAAUUUAGGUUCUAAGCAGUUCCUCUUUUCUUUUAUUAGUAGAACAGGAGUGUGAUGGUAUGCCCAGGUGCGGGUCCGGACGUGCCAUCCACCUGCGCUCUCUCCCACCUUCGGUUUUCCUUACUAUACCUUGACAACGGGCUCGGGUGGGGGUGAAGAGAGUGCUGUGAACGCUGCGCAAGUCUUAAUAUAAUCUAAUUCAGUCACAAGUCAUCGUACCUGCUCUCAGCCCGUUGGGAGUACGUGGUGGACAUCGUCGAGGUGACAUCGAACUGUCACCUCCAGUUCGCAUGUUAGCUACAAAUGCAGUUUAAAUUACGAGGAUUCAAUCCUGUAGUGCCUGUAUGCAAGAAACCAUAUGCAGAAGUGUGAAACAUGCAGGCCUCAGUCAAGCCUUUCCCAAUUGCCUCAUGCGGCUGCAACAAUUCGGCAGAAAACCUGUCUGCUUUUAACCGUUGUCGAUUAUUGCUAAGAAAUCAGCAGGUUGUGUACCUUUAGUGUUAGGCGAUUACGUAGGCUGACAACUGUUCCACGGUCGUUACCGAUCAUUAGUAUGCCAUGAGCCUUAUGAAUGGAGGUAUAUGAACAUGUCAGGUAGGCUCAUCAUCCCCCCCGUUCUGAUUAGGAUUUUGCUCGACCCAAUUCUGUCCGCCCGCCAGCUUGACAUAAAUUUCGGUGCCACGAGUCGCGUUUUUAGCUGAUCGUUUAAAAGUCUCUUCGCGGUAAGUAAAAUAACUUCGAUCAGCUAAUGCUAUAGGAAAUAAAACAGAAGCGAAUAACGAACUGAUCGACCUCACCCCGGAAUGCCCUCCGUCUGUGUUGAUGAGUCGAUUUUUUCUUGCUCUGGGUGACUUACUUGAUGGUUGCAGGGCAAACGUUUUAGAUUCGGCGUACAGACAAUCACACUCGACUACUGCAUAACCCUAUCCCGCCUGUCUAUUUUGAUUGGUGGGCGGGAAUGGACAUUUCCGUUUCGUCCUAGUGUCCCAUGUCAAGAGCGGGCGCAGGUGAUAAGAGGGGAGUCGGAGGUGUGGUUGGCUAUUAGUGGCACUUGGUGCAUUUUACGGAGACCUGGCUGUAUUUGGUACGCAUGGACGGACCGUUUCGUUUUAUCGCCAAGUGCAACCAGACCCGCAUCCGGUUGUCUUUGAUUUAUGUUUCCAUCAGACUUCACUGGGUGAUGGAGUAGGGAGCACGGCAGAUGUCGCGGAAGUCUCUCUCGCAUAAACCAAUUCAUGCACAAGUCACCGGUGUUGCACACGGCAGACGUCGUCGCUCACGACGGUCUAACUGUCACCAUUUCUGGGUUUUCUGGAUUGUCAGAAGUCACAGACAAUCUCAAUCGUUGGAUUUAUUUAUCUUUUUGGGAGUGGUUGAUUAGUGGCUCGUAAGUUCACAAGGAUUCUUCCUUCUCCUUUGAAGAACUGUAUUUUAAACUGCCUUUUAGGUUUAGAUUGUCGCACCCGACCGCAUAUUUCCCGUGUUUUUCUUCACUAUGUUUUCUGUUUUUUUUGGCUUCAAGCAGGCUCCGCGCUCCCUCAAUCCUCCUGUCAUUGCCUCCCCGAAGAAGUCACCCGUUUCUAUCUGGGACCUUCCACCAGACUCGUCAGCUGUGAUCAACCCGUCUAAGAAGAGUUCAAAAAAGAAGGUACACUUGUAGAAUGCACUUUCUGUGCCCCAUUGAUGAUUAAUAUCCGUCUCUAACACCCCACUUCUUUAUACUGUGUUGGUAGGAGGUACCCAGCACAGCAUUAAAUCCCUACUUCCAAUUAUAAACUGCUAACUUCGGCAGGGGAUAAAAUAGUAUAUAAAAAUCGGAACUAUUUAUAGGGUCAUUGAGAAGGUCACUCCUGAAUAGAGUCAACGGGUAGAUCACAGUUGGUAGCCAGGAAUGGGAAGGCGGACAGCCAGGUCCCUGUCGUACGGGAAUAGUGGGAAAGGAGGUUAUAUGGGUGGGGUAACAAGUACGUACGUCGACAGGUGCGGAGGCGAACAUCCGCAGCACCUCCCGCACCCCCUCCCUCGCCCACCGGACUCCGAUGGCAGGACGAUGUCAAGAUGACUGGAAGUGGACGCGAGUACAGUGACUGACAAAGCUAAACGGCUUAUAUGUCCACGGCCUGAUCUCCGCACUAUAUUCCAGGUUUUCACAGAACGGCCGUGAGUGCCGUGUAGUAAUACUCCUUGAGCUGACCGACUGGCCAGACCGGCUCCCAGCCACGCUUAUAGACAUCACACUGUGUUGCCCCCACAGCGGAUUGCGCUGGACCAUAAUAAUGUUCAGAUUGGUUCGUCACACGCUUUAAUCGGACUGCGGAAAGUUCGCGCGAGCCCAUAACUGCCGCGUACAUGUAUGCGGGGGCAUUCCUUAUACGUAGGCCUUCAUAUCUGCCAAAAUCCCACCACCUGUUGGUCGACAGGCUCGGGCAGUCCACUAGUUCAUGGGAGAGGGAAAAGUGAAGUCAACACUGGAGAUCCAUCCUCACGCACAUCAGCGUAUUCCGCACGAAUAAAUCUGAUAGGCCUCAGUCCAUCAGGAAUGGCUUGGAAGAUUAACGACCGAUUUUAUAACUCAUUUGUUCUCAGGUUGCAAUGGUUCCUUCUGAAUGUGCUCUCUAUGACACUCUCACCGACUCGCUCUCGUGGCACGUUCUGUGGAGAUCAGAUGGUAGGUGACACGCACAGACAGGCUGUUUGGCCUUGUCAGCCACUGCGCUCGAGCCCGCCUCCGGUCGUUUCGACAUUGCCCCGCCCUUAGAGUCUGGCAGAUGAGGGAGGUGAGAGCGCGGCAAAUGCGUCAAAAGCCUGUCUCACUGCAAACCAAUUCAUGCGCAGGUUACCGUCGCUGUGCCUAUUCCGUGAGGUACACGACGGAAGUCUUAGCCUGCGACGGUUGAACUGUCGUGUGGUCCGCGACUGCUUUCUCGUCAGACCCGAGAGCCUACUUAUUUCGUAUAUGGCCCUGUCUGGUGGUCCUUCGACUGUUGACGUGCGGAUAGUCUGCGGCUCAGCUGCCAUGCUGGGGUCGUAUUUGCGGGGUUUCUUCAGUCUCAGAGUCCUACCAAUGACUAAAUGUUUCUUAAUUCCACUGGCUACUCAAAUAAUGACCGCGGUAAAAACUAAAUCACCUAUAUACCUGUCCGACCACUAUGAGCCAGCUCGCUACAAGACCUCCGCGCGGUGCGUUAUGAUCGGUUUAAACGGACUGUCAGAACGGCUCUGGCGGGGCCCUUGUCAGUACUCAAUUGUAACUGAGAAUACAUGUAUUUUUGUCACCCUUGGCGUCCGUUGGGACUGCUUUCUUUCACAAUUUUCUGCCAUUUUUUUCACACACCCUGGCAGACCACCCCACUAGUAUACCACAUCGUGGUCUGCGCAUUAUGUACAUGAACUACGCUGAAAAGUUGCGACCUGGUGAGCCUCUUUGCAGGAGGUAACUUGCUGUGUCGCACAUAUUCGCCUGGCCAACAGAAGUAGGCCUGUAAAGAAAUUUAAAUGCGAAGACAGUCACUUCGGAUUUCGCGAUCAGAGACACCUGACUGAUCACAGCAGACGACGACCAGGCGACUGGUUUAGUGCACUGUUUAUCCCACCUUCGGCCGAUCUUUUUGCCAAACGGACUAGAUGUGACUGCAAUCUACUAUCGGAUGAACCAGGCGCCCACCACCCUCAACUGGGUAUGAGACCAGUCAGUAGUAGAAGUUGUGGACUAAAUUGUCCACCAUCAUGACAAUCUAUAUUGACGUGAGACUUGGUCCUUGCUCUCAGAAGACAUCCGCUGCCUGCGUGUUCGAUCGGUGGAGUAGGCGUUCUGUCCCCUGACUUUGUCUCUUUGAUCACAUCUCCAGCAAACAGUCAAAGUGUACAUCAGGGGUCAAGUUCCCCAACUUCCCUUACUCGUCUACUGAACUAGUCGGGUUACGUACUGCACUGAGGAUCCCACCUCGCCUGCACCGGGCCCGCGCUGGCGACGGCGUCGAUGUGUCCAACCGAAGACGUAGGUAGGUUUUCAAUACUGAUGUGAAAAGCAUCAACCUCCUCAGCCACAGGAGUUUGUUGCGGACAGAUUGCAAUGAAAAGUGAUCAAUCCUGGGGCAGUGAACUUAAAACACGAAGCCGGCUGACUGACACGAUGAUUACGAUCACAAAUGCAAGUAAGUAAGUCUGAGGAUGCAUUGGGCUCUCUGACGUAAGGCCUGAUUGGUCGUUCUAAGCCGGUAUGUUGUUUUAUGGAUGUACAAACUAACCUCGUAAUGUUUCUCCACUGCUGUAUCGAGAGCUUUGCAAUACAACUUCAGCGCUCCUAAAGUUUUUUUUCCAUUGUGGGGUGUCCCCAUGAUUACACAUUGCUUUGGCCUAUGCGAUAGUAGGCGCGAUUCGUAAGUACGAUCAGGAAGUCGGAUUAUACUGACAUACACCAUAUUUAUACCGUCGCGAGUGACGAACUUCGUCACUGUCCCGAUUACGCGGUCGUGACCUCUGAUUACGUUUUUUUAUGGUGAGGCGGACUUGCACGGCGACUGGAAAUGAAAGUGGUCGACAUGUGAGGAGAUUUGGCGCAGUGGCUAAUGUGGUGUUAGCAAUCCUCUAGGGCGUGCUACACAUCGUGAGUUUCAUACAAAAACGCCAAAGGAAACAUCGAGUCGGUUUACGCUGGUCUGCAGAAACUCGACUGCAUUUCUAGCCGUUCGAGUGGAGUAGUAUGAUUUCGGGCGGUUUAUAAACUGUCACGAAGUUUGGCUGGUCUUUGCAGAUCAAGGAGAUCCUUUGGGGAUAAGAAAUUACCGAGAAGCGACCCCUUCGACUUUGUACGUCAGUAAUAACCGCACGAACCACAACCCAAACCUGCAGUUUCAAGUUGACACGGCCCCGUAGAUUAUUAAGUUCGGAACGCUAAGAGAAUGUGACGGAACAAAUGCUGACCCAGGCGGAACUAGAUGCCAGCAAUGCCCCACACGAAAGCUUGACAAAACGCGCCGGUUCUUAUGAGGACGACUCUUAAAUGGGGAUGGUCCCCUGUGUUACUAUAUACUACUAUAUACUAUACUGUAUACUAUGAAGAUGAACUGCACGACAUCAAUUUCACACAGUUUAUUUUCCACCGCUGCUCCAGUGCGAAUUUUAUUUAGGGAGUACUGCCCGGCCGGAUGCAUUUACCCCACGUCACAACGUAUUUUUGGAUCGCAUAUUUCGAAGCAGACCUUCCACAGUCAGAUAUUAAACCAGCACAGUCCGUCUUUAGGCCAGAAACUAGCCACUCUGCACGUCAGAAACCCUCUGACAUUACGACCAUACUUGAGCUUGCUUGAAGUAGACAAGAGUUGAGUGGUGUUACCCUCACUGUCUUCAGUUUCUGCGCUCAGAUUGAUUUAGGACAACCUGGCAUGACUGAGAAUCUUGUCAGGUAGUCGUUAUUAGAAACUGCAAUCAGGAUUCCUAUGCAAACUUGACACCGCGACACAUUCUGCAUUUCUGUCCCUGACGGGAUCACUUAAAGCUGGUUUGUUGAAUUACCAUUAAGUAGUUUAUGUAUUUCUCGAUGGCGAAUGUCGAUCAAGAUUUUGAUUUUCGCCUAAAUUGGGUUCUAACGCAAUUUCUUCACUUUUCCCGUUCCAAGCAUUAAAUCGUAAUGAUCAGAGAUGAGGUUUGGUUCGACAGACGGUCGGGCAUCUAUAAGACUUAGGGUGUUUCGCAACUGAUUACUUGUUUUUGUUGUACCGACAAUGCGUUUGAGCGCCAUAGAUUCGGAUCGGCUGGACGGUGGCAAGCUUUUGCACUUCAAAAUACCGUGAUUCAUUUCUUCGCGGAUGUCUAGACAAUAGCGUGUUGCCGAAACGUGUUUUAUACGAACCCACGCUAAACACGGGCUAAUGAAACCAGCCGUAUCGCGAUAUGGCAGACUCAUUAUCUGAGCGCAUCUACGAGAUUAUCAGUGGAGACUUUGCAAAUACCGUUAGAGGACUGAGAGGAGAUCAGGUACUGUGUGUUCGUAGGCGAUGGUUGCACAAAACUGUUUCAGCAGAGCGUCCCAACACGCCAAUGCAGCGCCUUUGGUCUGCUACGCACUUGGUUGAUUGGGCGGUUGCUGUUGUAACACAGUGCCUGCGUCAUAUUUGUUACUUUCGGGAACACAAGUUUUUAGGCCACCACAAUCAUUGCGCUAGGAAAGAGCGUCGAGGAAGACCUGCUGGUUAUUUUCUUCCUCCUGCAUCGUUAAUUGUACAUUCGGGAAGACGGCGUUGAGAUGUUUUUAGAAUGUUAUUACCGACAAAGACAAGGCCGGUAAUGACAUUCUGCCUAUGUUAUGCGCUGCCGUGCGGCUGCUGACUGGGCUCGAGAGAGAGCCCGUAAGGCACAACGGGACGAGUGAGUUCCGUAAAAGCGAUGGGUGAGCGUCCCUCUACCAUUGUUUUUAGAAUGUCAGCACCUGAGAUCGCAUUCAAUGAAAACGAAGGUGUCACCUACAUACCGGACCUAGAAUUUCGAUCUGCGUUUUUAGAAGGCCAUCGACUCCAGCCGUUGUAAGAUAACCUCGUCUGAGUCCCGAAAUUGGUGAAUCCACUAGCGUGCUAUUCAUCUGCUCGUAGAUUGUUCCGUCGAGCGUUAAGCAUGUCUCGAGAAAGAACUUCAGUGACCGCAUCGGUGAUCAAAAUUACGGAAGUCAUAACCGCCUGCUAUGGAAUAGACAAUAUGAAAGACGCGGCCAGACAUUCGCUGACGACGCGUGCCCUAGCGCGCCUGCCUAUCGAAAAUGAACCGUAAUAAUGACCCAGUUCCCAUGGUCUGAAAUCGCUAACCACCUUUGUUACCGCUGUCCCAACUGAGACGACGUUGAAUUUUCACGUCAUCCCAAAGCGAUCUGGAUGCGAAUGUGACAAGGAUCCCCCUUCAGCUAAAGUGCUCAAUUGUUGACGUGCUAAGUGUUACCGAGCUCCCGAAGUCCAUCGCCAAAGAAGCCUUUUGUUACUGUCUUAAAGAGGUCACGCCUUCUGUGCCGUAAUUCACCAACAAGAUCGUAGUAGACGAGUGUCGUGCGUGAACGGAAAUGUGCGACUUGAACAUCUGCACCACGUCAAUAAACUUCCCACAACUAUUCGGUAAGUGUCCGUCGGCUUUUUUGCUAUGUUAAGAGCAUGGGGUUAUUUGUAAUUAACGCGGAUUUUAACGCGCGAAGGAAUCUCUGAAGAUCCGACAUCCUAACGACAGGUGCACAGCGCACACAUUAACUGACGAAAACUGCGCAUUUGAGGGCUUGAAAUGGGCAACGAUCACAAUGCAGACUGCGUCUUCGUGGGAGCCUAACCACACUCGUGCACGCAGAAACCGUCAAAUAUUUCACCAUCUAAAUUACUGCCUUCGCAGGCUGCGCCAAGUAGAAAUUGUUGGUGACAAUUGCAGAUGCACGGAACGGCGCCACCUUGAUCCAAAGCAAAUAACCAUUCAGCGCUGUUCACUGGCGGAAAGUUGACUGUUUUGUAGCUGUUUCCUAUGGACAAUAACUGAAACUUUCACGGGUAGACCGAGUGUCAAGUACCGACUUUUUUUGGGAUCGUUAUCGCCGCGUGAUGGUCCCAGACGGAUCAGUCAAUUACUGUUUCUACGCGAGGGCGCAUUGCGCAAGUCUUCUCCAAAAGCCUGCUGUCAUUUGGCGCUGUGUCCUAGUGUUUAACUGAAAAGGCGAACAGGUUUAAUUAUGUCUGGCCCGGAGAGAGAGAGUCUUGUGUCCAACGACCAAUUGGACAACGGCUGUUGCAAGCUUCGCUGUCUAUUCCAUCGCAUGGACCUAUCUGAUACACGAUGUCUUGGCUCUGGAGCUGUCUACGUACAGUACGUGACCUAACUCAUGGAAGGUGUCGAAAUUUACGAAUGAUUGCCAAUCACUCGAAAACUGACGCCAAUUAAUGGACCCAAUAUCUAUGUUAAUUAAGUGCAACUUCGAAAGAAUUAAAAACGAGGGAGGCAACGGGGUGGAGAAGGACCCCACUUUACUGUCGGCAGACUACAGAUCGUGUCAUAUGUGACUGGUGAUAAAGGGAGUUUUCCGGGUGGGGCUGUACAUUAGAAAUUAAGUUGGCAAAAUGCAGGAAGACACAGAAAUUGUUUGGAUUUCGCCUAAAAGACUCGUACGCUUUCGUACGACGACGGAAAUGAGCGCGGUGAUUACAAAUAAACAAAAAGUAAAUUUCAAAAGUUAAAGGAGUUUGAGUGAUGGUUUGAAGUAAAGACAAGUGAUUGUUAUUGGCAGUGUAAUGUCUGCAAAGUCCUGCGGAUGGAUGUCAAGUUAGAAGCCCAUAUGACGUGAUUCACAGUCUGCCGUCAGUUAGGUGGGGUCCUUCUCCAUACCAUUUCCACGAAAGGAAUACUAAAGGCCGUGUUGUACUGCUUGGAAAUGCCGUUUUUGAGAAAAGCGCAAAGUCCCAAAAACUUCAAAAAUGGCUGCAAUUUAGUGAACUUCGUUUUUAUAUGUAAAGAAUGUCUUCUGAUGCAAAAAACUAAGUAAAUAUGUAAGUGCAAAUAAAAUAACGUUUAAAAAUAGUGUUUUAGUGAAGUUUGCAGCUGAAUAUUCUUUAAUAAUUAGUGUAAUUCCAUACAUGGCGGUUCGUCAACAGCCUACUUUCUGCGUAUAGAUUCCAAAACAGUUUUUUCGGGAUUCGUGAUAUUCUUAGCUCGUUCGAGUUGAGUGAGAUGCGGUUUAGCAAGUGAAAAGAGAGUUUGCCUGAUUUCACCAAUGGGGACGUCGUAGGAGCAAAAGUUUUCAUGAGGUCACAUUCUGCCAGGCCGAUCGGUAACUAAUAAACAUACUUAGAAUUGACAGGCACGACUGUAAACAUACCAUUUUGUGUUUAUAGAGAGAACUUUUCUUCCGUUAAAUUAAUUUGCACCGUUCGUUCGUUUUUGAUUACGUCGAGUUUAAAGUCGACCUUGAAAUAUUGCUGCAUACUUCAGGAUUUUCAAUGUUUUCCCCCGGUCGCCCAUAAAGACACAUUUUGUAUCGUGUAUAUGUUAGAAACUUUAAAACAAGAUAUUUUUUGAAGGCAUUUACCGGAUUAGCCAGUGUUUGGGCGUUCUUUUUUAUGAAGGAUGUUGUUUGGGUCACAUUUGAAGACUCAUCCAAACACGAAACUUCAUUUUCGAAUGUAAUGGCCGUCCACGACGAAAGUCAGCAACGAAUGUCUUUGAUCAACUAGAAACCUUGGUCUUUUAAGUUGCUUCUUUAAGAAGUGCUCUAAUACCGUACUUCGUUGACGGAUCUAUGUGUACUUUGCAUUUUUGCACAGCCAGGCCAAGAAAAAGUUUGACACUUUUGGCCGUUUCUUCCCCGCUCCUAAAUAAUACUAGUGUUUGUCUACCGUAAACUUAAGAAAAUGUCUUCUUAUAUACAUUAAGGCCAUUUCCAUUGUUUUUGCUCGCUUUUAGACUCCUUUUUGCGAUUACGAAUGCACUACAGAGUGCCCAUAUAAAUACUGAUAUUUUGCUGAAACUGUUAGCAUUUUGCAUGUUCCAUUUCUGAAUAAGGUAUGUGCAGAAGCUAGACUGCACGACAAAUAAUGUGUCAUAUGUUCAAAACUGGAACUGGCCAUUUGGUGGUGAUCAUUUCUGCGGCAUCACCUGAGAUUUUCCAAACGGCAAUACAAUUUCAGCCCAUUUAAACGAAGGAUUCCCUGUGUGCGUUAUAUGUACACUUCAGGGCAUCAAAUCACACAGAAAUGCCAAUAUGACUUCUAAAAAUCGAUAAAACAUCCGGUUUUCUUAAAAUAACCUCUGUGUAAGCAGGUUGAUUACCACGGUUAGCAUCCGGCAAUCUCUGUUUAUUAAAACUCUUGUGGGUAAAUUACUCUCCUUUCAAUGAGAAAAACGCUCAAAUGUGCAACUGAAGUCUAGGGCAGGUAUUAGCAUAGGAAACUGCACGAAUAUAUCGCAAUGUCAAUUUUUGCCAAAAAUUUAUGAAAUUUUGCUUGAUAUAAUUACGUGAACACAAUUUCUCCACCUGAACAGGACAUUUCAUUGGAGUGGCUGGAUGAGCGAACAAAAUGUGCAACGCUUAAGACGUCCAGAAAUUAUCACCUCAGUUUCCGUUAUCAGGUUUCAUGAGAUAAGUCACGUACUGUAAGUCUCAACAAUAACUGCGGCACUUGUAAGUGCAUAAUAGUAAAUAAAUAACGGGAGGGGUAAAAUUUACUGAUCUGCUCUGUUCGCAGGACGUAAUACAGAUCCCUCGUCACGUUCGGGACCUCCAUUUGAAAGUCCUCGCAGCCGGACUAUGGCAGAUGAACCUGUAGUGCCCACUCCUCUCUCCCGUGUGUUUGUUUGUAGUACCCCCAAAACAUGUUUUUUAUCACAUGAAAUUAUUUUUCGUGACUCCAAGCUCCUUCCUAGGGAAGCCGGCAUGUCCCGCUGGGCGAAAUACCUUAAUAUUAGUUUGCGCACAUGUCACCACCUACCUCCUGCCCGAGUCAUCUUUAACGUUUGAAACGCCCAACAGUGUGUCCUUUUGCAAUUCAGCCUUUCCCGGCGAUCCAACAUCAUUCCACGCCAUACAUAAAUUGCAUUUCAGAAGAACCAUGCACACUCCCAAUUGCUCACGGGCUCUGCGAUUACACUGAAGCCGGCAGCCCGCACUGAACUUACAAACUGGUGCGAAAGUCAGCUUUCCGUCUUUCCUCAGCAUGAUGUUGAUCUGCCUACACUCAUCGCUCUUCUUUGCGACAUCGAGGAAGCCGACGAUGUAAGUCCCUUGUCUUCGGUCCCUUCAUGGCUUGCUGGCCUGCAUAGGCAAGUUUACCAUCCUAGUUAUCUUACCAUGGGUGGGCCUUUGACGUUCUAUCGCGUGGUUAAUUAACAAAACCAUAGUAAACUUAGCUUCACUUACGUCACUUUAAACCUACUGUCUCAGGGAUCGUGUGUUCAUCUUCUUUACAACAAGAACCUGAGAUCCGCAUAUUCGCCUCCAUCCGUGAACCUAAUGUAUUCUUGACUAGUUUGAAAUUAUCUCGUUCUUUCCUUGUAUGAAGAAACGACGACCCCAUCUAUAGCGCUUCGUAGGCUUCUUGAUGUUGUCAGUGCUGUCGCACGGACGACAAGUCGAGAAAGACAUUAGUUGGUCUGUACAGAGCCUCUACUUACCGUAGUGGGGAGUACACUUUCAGUAAACAUCAAGGCCGACGACGAAGUCGCUAGUCGGAUCUCCAAAGUCAGCUAGGUCUUCGGUCGGCUAAAGCGUUCCGUCUGGGACCGUUAUGGCUUCCCACUCGACACACAACUGAUGUACAAGAUUGUUGUUCUGCCAACGCUCUUGUAUCGCGCGGAAACAAACUGCGUAUGAAGACCAAGCGAGAAGAUCCAACCAUUUUCACCUCAUCAGCCUCCGAAGAAUACUAAAAGUGAAGUGGCAGGGAAGGAUACCAAUACUGAGACCACGCCGACCACGCCAUAGCACGCCUCGUCAUGCGAGUGGCGUGGGAACGAUCGAUGUUAAUUGUCCCGAAUCAUUUAUAAGUCAUGUAAUUCGCAUGACUUAAACUUCAUUGUAACGGUUUUGGCCUGAUGAAGAGUUACUGAAAACACGUGUUCGCCAAUUUGACUUUUCAAUACUGAGAUUGUUGAAAGAACCUGCGUCCUCAGUGUUCGCGCCAUACUAAGGCAGGUACAACUGCGGAUGGAUGUCGAGUGCCUGUCCAAACAGCUAUUCUACGACGACAUUGUUACUACUAGUUACAGAUAAAGCGGGAAAAAGCGUUGCCACAACGUCACAUUAACUACCUUUUUCAGGAACCUGCAAAUCAACUGCAAGACCUGAGAGGACCCCACGCAAGAUCGACAGGCAGGGCACAGUCCACUCGCGAACCCGUUGCACUAAGACUUGCGGGCGAGCUUCUGUAGCUUUGACGUGCAGCCGUCACGCACACCUCAUUUGCUUACCACGCAUCAGGACAUUCAGACACCGUAUGGGUCUGCCUGGCCAUAUGCGUAUCUAUGACAGCAGGACUCACCGCAAUGUUAUCACGACAGAUCUACCUCCUACAUCUGAAAACUACUACUACUACUACUACUACUACUACUACUACUACUACUACUACUACUACUACUACUACUACUACUACUACUACUACUACUACUACUACUACUACUACUACUACUACUACUACUACUACUACUACUACUACUACUACUACUACUACUACUACUACUACUACUACUACUACUACUACUACUACUACUACUACUACUACUACUACUACUACUACUACUACUACUACUGCUACUGCUACUACUACUACCGCACUACGGAUUUCAUCAAACCUUACCCUACCUGUCCACACGCAUCCCUGGGGAACAUAUGAACCCCUUCCACACUUCGCGCCACAUCCCAUAACAAUCAUACCUCUUUCCGGCGGCAAGCACAUGAUCCGUUUCGACGUCGCCGGUAUGGUCGGUGCAACCUCACGUGCCAGAACCUGCACGUCUCACGUAAGCGGGCUGCAUGGUCCUUGGUGUAUCCUAGUGCAUUGCUUAGUUAAGGGGUUGCGUGUGGCACACGCAAACGGAUAUGUAGCUCUGUCAGCCACUGUGCCCACUUUGGUCACCAAGUGGUUGACAGCUCGGGCGGUCGACUGGCGCAUGGGAAAGGGCAGACAGAGUGAGGUCGACACUGGGAAAUCCAUCGCCGCGGUAAAUCAGGGCAUUCCUCAUUAUAAAGCGCUUGAAUUUAACACGACGCGCUAAAAUUCGUGGCUUAGGUUGUCAAAUGGCGAGAUAAUUCGGUUCUCACGGUCAGUACUGUGUGUGUGUGUGUGUUUAUCUGGGGUGACUGAGAGUCCGCCUCAAGGACUCCUUGAUGUGGCCUGUGGGACGCUCCCGCUCAUGUGAGAUCGGAGUCCCCCAUACUGUGAAAUCCUAGUACAUUGCGCACGGACUAGGUCGUGUUCGGCACAUGUUGACGGACUUUUAAGCUUUGUCAGCCACUGCGGCCACUCCCAGUUCUGGUCGCCUGGAGAUUGUCUUGCCAGCUGCGGUAGUUCCCGUGCAAAUGUGCCUCACGACGAACUGUGCUCGCAAGUCUUCCAGCGCUCGCUCCGUGGAUUACGCGCCGAAAGUCAUAGCUCGCGACGGUUAAACCGUCAUGCCACUUACUGUAGUUCUCGUUUUGUAAAAGACCCUGCAUUGUGCCCGUUUUUUUGUGAAAAGCUUGACGAAGAGCACAGCGCUCCAUUGUUCGUUUCUCAGAAAGUGGAUAGAACUCAUAACGAAGUGUGUGGAGGUCCGAGAAUGACCGUUAUCCACAACGUCAUGAUUGCCUGUGAACGAAUGAGUGAUAGUGAGCUCCAUGUCAGGCGUGUCCGUCGGAGUUUAGAGUGCUCCCUGCGGCAUAUCCGGGCUUAAGGAUCGUGUACGGUAUUUCAUUAGUAGUUUUCGGUUAAUUAUGACCUUUCGGCGUGUGGGUGCUUGUGACUGCAUGUAAAUCACAGCUUUAAAGCAAAUUUGAGCGCUCAUUCUGCCUUAAACUCGGGUUGGUCGAUGAACGCCACUAGCACGGUCGAUUCAUUACUGCCUGCCUCUGUUAAUAGUACUUCUCGCUCACUAAAUAAUGUUUUUCUCUGAAUCUAACCUUUUUUAUUUCUAAUGUUUUAGGUGCUGGAAUGCAUCGAGGCCUCAUUCGGAAAGUCUUCUCGCCUCUCCAAGUUUAGCAAGGCCUUUGUUGAGAAGAGGGCAACUCUCAUGCGUUUGACCGCAUAA